UCCACUUCAAAUUUUCUCUUUCCUUUUCUUGUCACGGGUUCAUUUGCACCCCCUUCACCAACUCUCUACGAGUCCUUUUAAUCACGCCAUUUCGCUGGUCUUAUGAUCAUCUUGCAUCACCAUCUGGAUUGAUUAUUGCCAGAAAGACCGACUCAGCCCCACACGCCAUCCAUCCAUCCAUUCAUCCAUCCACUUGAUGUGUAUGCAUGCAUGGUGCAAUGUGAUGGCUGGGCUAGCUAGUCGGUUUACCAUGAUACCCCGUGCCAGUUUGUCACUAUCACAAGUUGUUCACUCCUUGUUUUCUUGUUUGUUUGUUUGUUUGUUUGAUUCUGUCAGUGUUUCCGGGUUUAUAACUCUUCUCUCGACUCGACUCUAUUCGUCUGUCAGCAAGUAUCGCAUUGUACCGUUUACUUUGUUGGAACACUUAUUCCUGUAUCUCUAUCUCUAUUCUUCUCUCAACCUGGAUCGCAUCUAUAUACAAACAAAGAAAAAGACCACAAAAAAAUAAACAAAGAACGAACGAAUUUUCAAACAGUACUACCA